CCCCAUGCGCCGGCCGUGAAGCCACACGCGGUUUAGGAACUGAAAGGAGRCCAGGCAGGUUUUGUCGCCGUCGGUUGCGAGUUUAAACCAGAGCACCUUGCCCGGCUGGAGCAAGGUCACCGCCUGUCCUGGCUYGCCCAGGGAUCCCACGUCCGCCGGACUCCGCGGCCCCCGGUCCCGCCGACAGCCCCCAGGAGGGGCGGCUGCCUCUCCGGUUGCCRCGGCCGGAUCCUCCUCUAUCCCGUGCGGUAUUUUUAGCCGCUGACCCAGUUCCCCCGGUCGGCUACCUGCGCCUCCCUCGCCGCCCGGCCGGGCCCCCCCGCCGACAAGCGCACCGCCCAGGGCCGGCCUGGCCCCGCGGCCCGGCCAGCGCCAGAACGUUUGAAUCUUCUUGGGAAACACAGAAACAAAGAACUGCUUUUUAAAUAUCUUCAGGACAAUUGACACAUUUCAGGGAAAAGCGGUUGUUUUUUUUUCUCCAAAGUUCAGAAGAAUUUGCUUUCUCUGCGAUUUUAAAGAAGUCUAAAAUGAAAACGGUUUAAAAUUUAGCCUUCAAAAUGAAUGUUGGGAAGUCCGAUGACAAAGCAAAGAAUGGCUUGAAAUCUUCCUUACUUAUAAGGGAUGAAAAUGGAAAUAACUAUGCCUGUAACAGAGCUACACCUUCCUCAGAGAAUUGUGCCAGCAAGAUGCACAGUAAUUCAACUGAUCAAAAUACAGUGGCUGAGCAUGAAGGUGAUACUACUUUUGAAUAUAAGGGUGACUUCAGAAGUCUUUUAAACCAGCAGUGUAUUGAAGUACUUGAUCUGAAGGACACACCUGGUAAAUAUAACUGGACCGGAGCUCCGUUGGGAGAUACAGAUGCUGCUUGCAUGUAUUCUGUGACUGAACAGACUUGUAUGUGUCCUCUGAACUGUGACUUGAAAGCAAUGACAAACUUAGAGAAAGGUGACUUUGCUAUGGCAAAAAUGCAAAAUCAGUGUAUCAAACACUCAGUGCCUUACAGUCAGACUGACUCUAAAUGUGUACUAGCUCUUCCUGCUUCAGAGCAGAACAUGCAGUCCCUGCAAAAUGACAGGGCAUGCUGCCAGCUGAGCACAUUGGAUGUUACUAAUGUUACAGAUGAAACUCUGGGAACUGAUCAAAAUGAUGACAUACAUCUGGGAGAAACAUUGAUCUCUUCUGAAGUAUAUACCAGACAGAAAWUUUCUAGAACCAGCUCAGAAAGAACACCUAAUUUCACCUCUGCAGAUGUUGAACAUUAUCAAAAAGACACUAUCGAGACUGAUAAGGAAUCACAAGAAACAGAAGCACAGGCUGUAGAACUAGCUGCUGGAUGUAUAGAUCUUUAUAGGCGAGAUGUAUUAUCACCUUUUAUUAGUAUUAAUAAAGAUGACCAAGUGAAAUCCUUGCAGAUUACUCCUGACCAUGAUGAAACUGGGAAUUCUAUUGCUGAAACAUACAUGGAUAGUCUUGUAAAUAGUGUGCACCUUCUCCCAGUAGAUGAAAUGGAUGGAGAACAAAAAUCAGAGAAACCCAGUGAACCCUUAACCAAAGAACAAAUUAUUGCUGGAAAUGCUGCGCUUCAGGAUAUGUGCAACAUCCCUUCUGUAAAUUGCGAUGUACCAAAAUUAAAGAAGACUGUUAUGACUGAACUGAAAUGCGAAGCAACUUUUGUAGUCUUCAGUCCAAUGGCUGAUGAAAGCAAUUUGUCUCUCUGUACUUCAACCCCUAAAGAACAGUCAAAAAAUAGAACUUUUUCUGUUUCAGCUUUGGAAGAACUUGGAGACAAGUCUUCUAAACUAAGACCAAAUGAAAAAUUUGUAGGAGGGCAUAACAGAAGAUCUGUGCUGAAAGGUAAUUCAGAUCAAACUGCAAGAAAACCAGUGGGCAGGUCUCCUAUUGCAUCAACAAUAACCAAAGCAAAGAAGUCUGAGAUUGUUAAUUUUCCCAAACCUAAUUUUAAAAAUGUUAAGCCAAAGGUUGUGUCUAGACCUGUGCUACAGUCAAGAGACAGUGCAUCAUUGAAACAGGCUUCCCAGUCCCCUCGACUGUCAUCUGUCUCCUCACCUUCACGGGUUGGUUCCCCGAGGCAAUUGUCCUCCUCURUAAAAGUGCUGAAAAAGACAAUAGAUCUGGCUAAAGAUCCUAAGGUGGAAUUGUCUGUGAAUAAGCCCCAUAAUCAUGUUAACAAACACCUCUUCACUAGCCAAGUCGUACAUGCCACAACACAUCCCAGAAACAUCCCAGCUUCCCACAAGGCUUCGAAAACACCUGUGUUAAAGCAAAGUCCACAAGACAUUGACAAAGCAAGCGCUACCCAUUCGGCAUGCUCCUUGGCUUCUGCUGUGCUUCCAACAAGUGGAGAGAACUCGAAAGAGAUGCUAAAUGAUGAAAUGGAAAGUUCAAACUCCUUAAUGGCGCCUUGUGCUCCAAACAUCGACCUGAACAAAGGUGAAACAGAGCAAAGCAGCAAUGUAGGAGUGCUUCUGGAAGCUACGCUGGUAAAAGAUAAAGCAAAUGUAACAUUUCACGUGCACUCUGUUCCUUUGAUGCCUUCUGUGAAAAAUGGGACAACACAAGGGAAAAACAUACCAAAGGAAGACCCAGUCACACUACGAAGUGUGUUAACUCCCAAGGUGAAAAUGGUGCCAUCUGUGUCGACCUUGAAGAGAGUAUGUGAAAAUAAAAUGAUCAGCACACCUUCUCACAAACAAGCUCUACUGUCAUCAAGCUCUGGUGURGGAUCUUUGCCUGGAGAGAAGCGUGCCUCAGUGAAAAAUUCUCCAGCCUUGUGGACUAGCUCGUGYAAAUCCCUUGCCAAAUCCAAAGUGCCUGUCAAAAGAUCAGUGCUUGAGAGAACACCUAGCCURUCAUCAGUCAGCAGUGCUCAUAGUGAGCAAAGUCUUUUCAGCACUAAUUCUGCAAGUGCCCCAGUCAUCAGGAAUGGAGAAUGGCCUUCAAAACCAGCCUGCCAGAAUGGUACUUCAGGAUCUGUCCCUUUGAAGGCAUUACCGAGACCUAGAUUACACUCGUUGAGGUCGACUCCUAAAGGACCCAAGACCAGGACUGCUUCACUGAACCAGUGCACACCAAAAUCAUCUGGGCCACUGCACUUAACAAGGAAAGUCAGUGAGACUAGAGGUACUCCUGGAAGAAAUGUAUGCCAAAGCCUAUCUUCUUUGGGUCCUGUUGACAAGGGCAAGCAGCGGAGUCCCAAGAGCUCGUGCAUACGGACUCAAGCCUCCACAGAUGCACGUCCACCUGGCACAAAAGCAGCUGAGUUGAUACAGUACAAAACAAAAUGUGAGACCCAAAGUGGAAUCAUCCUGCAGCUGAAAAAAUUCCUGACAUCCAGUAACCAGAARUUCGAAGCAUUAACAGUUGUCAUCCAGCACCUGCAGUCUGAGAGAGAGGAAGCACUGAAGCAGCGUAAAGCRUUAUCUCAAGAACUAAUUAACCUUCGAGGUGAACUAGUAACCACUUCUGCAGCUUGUGAGAAAUUGGAAAGAGACAGGAAUGAACUGCAAGUUGCUUAUGAAGGGUUUUUGCAGAAGUUAAAACAGCAACAUAAUGAUGACGUAGCUGAGCUGGAGGAGAGGCUUAAACAGUUUUACACUGCAGAAUGUGAGAAACUACAAAGUAUCUGCAUUGAGGAAGCUGAAAAGUACAAAGCCCAACUCCAGGAGCAGGUGGACAAUUUAAACACCACACAUGAAAGCUUUAAGCUGGAACUCGAAAACAGACACUCAGAAAAAGUAGAGGAGCUGAAAAAGGAGUAUGAAUCCUCUUUUUCAGAGCUCAAGAGCACCCAUGAAUCUGAAAGGAAGUUGCUUGAAGAUUCCUUUAAAGAGAAGCAGGAAUUGCUGGAGAAAAAAAUAGAUGAACUAAAAAGUGAAAACAAUUCCCUGAGUGAGAAGCUGAAAUUAGAAGAACAAAAACAAAUAGCCAAAGAAAAUGCCAAUCUUAAAAACCCACAGAUUAUGUACCUGGAACAGGAGCUGGAAAGUUUGAAAGCAGUGCUGGAGAUCAAGAAUGAGAAACUCCAUCAGCAGGACAUAAAGCUAAUGAAGAUGGAAAAGCUGGUGGAAAACAACACAAUCUUAAUGGAUAAAUUAAAGAAGGUUCAGCAAGAAAACGAAGAAUUAAAAGCUCGGAUGGACAAACACAUGGAGCUUUCAAGGCAACUUUCUACAGAGCAAGCAGUUUUACAGGAGUCACUAGAGAAAGAAUCAAAAGUGAACAAACGCCUGUCAAUGGAAAAUGAAGAACUUUUGUGGAAGUUGCACAAUGGUGACCUAUGCAGCCCAAGAAAACUGUCUCCCAGUUCUUCAUCCGUGCCUCUUCAGUCCCCACGAAAUUCUGGUAACUUCUCUAGUCCUGCAGUGUCACCGAGAUGACAUCUCUUGAGACAAAGAGGGGCCUGCAUCUCAUUUCUGAUCUGCAGAACCUUUCCUAACUAAUCACAGGAGCAAGAGCUAUAUUAGCCGCCUAUGACAACUAAACAUAACUGGAAACUAUUUGGUGCAAAAAUGGCGAUAGGAGACUGUGAAUAUGGGAGUAAGACAUUCACUCCUCCCCARAAGACUUAUGACCUCUAUGGACAUCGUUGCACAAAGCACUUACAGAGCAAGGAAAGACUUGUUCGUUGCCUUUUCACCUAACCAUAAGAAGUAGCUCAGGGGCUUAAAGAUCACAACCUUUAUAGUAUGUUCCUUAUCACCGACACUUUUUUAAGGCUGUGUGUGUGAGUAUGUGCGUGUGCUGUGGAUGGAAUGGGUGUAACACACUGUGUGUGUGUCUAAUGCUGCCUUCUUUGCUGUGUACGUAAUAAAGGAUAAAAGCUGAAGACUAUACAUUGACAUGUACUUCCUUGAUACUGCUCUCAGUAUGCAUGCUUAGCCGAGUACCCUUGCCUGGCAAUGAGGAGAAACUGCCACUAGUACUGUAGGUUAGUUUCCUUCAUCUUUCUGGCUUUGGUUUGGUAAAAAAAAUGGCAUGAAGAGCUUUGUCAACUGACUCAUUACUGUCUUGGCCAACCUGAGUAUGCAACUUUGAAUUAAUUUUAAAAACAAAUUGAAUUGCAGCCGUAUUUUGCAUGGGUUCUUGGUUUCAUGUCCAUGCACAACUCUGCUAUUUGUGAGGAGACUUUUUUUGCAGGGUACAAUGGAUUUUGGGUUUCAAGUCAAUAGGGUUGUAGUCAGAACCACAGUAGCCCUCAAGGUCAGAAGUUCUUAGUUGAGUUGCAGGUUUAGAAGCCUAGACCUAGCAUCUUACCUGCUGAAAAGGAAGCACUAAUUUCCCCAAAAUAGCAUGCCUGUUCCUGAGRAUAAACUAGAUGUAGAUUUGAAAGCCAAAGACAAAAAUGCAAUAAUUGUAACUAGGUGCAUUCUUUACUCAGUUCUCAAGAAGAUUAAGUAAUUUGUGAAUUCCAGUGUAGCUGGUGACACUCUUUGCCYUUUUAAGCAUUAGCAUUUGUAUUAACAUUCCUCAGAGUUGGAGGAAUUCACCUGAGGAACAGGGUAAUUUCACCUGAGGAAGAGGAAAAAGGUGGUAACUGUGUAUUUUGUCUUGCUAAUUCUGGCAUACCUUCCCUCUUAGACUGCAGGACAUUGGUGUUUUGAUAAUUCAGCUGGUGAAAAAUCCUGUACAAGAGAUUCUGUAGAGUAGGGGAAAAAAAUUGUCCUGGCUGCUAGAAGUGGAGYAUGAGGGUGUCACCAUUUCUGGCAAUGUCACAUGCUGAGCUUCAGCUUCAACAAGGUAAUUGUAUAGCUUUGCUCCACCCUUAAUCAGACCUAUUUAAGAUGUCUGCUUUGUACCUGCUAAACCACGUUCAGCUUCAGAUUAGUCUUAGAAAACACUACUCUUGCUUACAGUAGCUUGGGUUUCGCAGUAGGGCCAGGACCAUURUUUCACUUCUGGUUAGCUAAUGUUGGUAGCUGGCUGAGUUUCCCUGUAUUUUUCAGUAGCCUGGGGACAGGAAUCAAGGCCAUGGGAAAGCAUUUAGGAAACUCAACUGGAGAACCACUUCAAACCAUUUUACCUAAGACUUGCAAAAUCUUGGCUAGUAAUGAGGAACACAGACAUAGAAACAAGACUGUUAACAGUGCUCACACAGUAAGUAAAUUUGUAAUAUAUUUAAACUUGCGAUUGACUGUUAAAUCAUUAAAUUUACUUAAAUUUACUCUCAUAAUGUAAAAGUUAAGGGUGCCAUUUCUAUGGAAUAUUAUGCUUUCUUUUAAUCCUUUUUAGGGCAGUGUACAUACCACUUAUCAGUGGUGUCAGUACUUAAAAUGUUUACUAGGAGGUUCAAAUUUAGCUAUGAAAAUCCUAUGUUGGCUACAACUUCGCUUUAAAUAUGUCUUGGAAUAUUCUUAUUUUCUAUGGUCAAAGAGAUUUGAUCGCAUGUAUUUGAGCUGAAUGCUUUACAAUAAAUUUUUUCUACCAAC